AGGUCACUUUUUUUUUACACAUCUUUCCAGCUGCAGAUCAGGCAAGCAGAUCUGUAAAAGCUAAUGAGUGACGCAGCUGUAGACGUAGCUACUGUAUUUGUCUGGGGUGUCACCUAAAAUAGAUCGAAAUAAUUAUUGAAAGAUCGUUUAAUUAUUCUUGUUUAAGUAUUAGCAAAGUAUUGAGGUAUUUUUUCAAAAUCAUACCCGGUUUAUUUUUCCUUCCCCCAGUGUUUUUUUAAUUAAUAUUCUUUAAGUGCUCCUAAUGCCGCUCUGCUGCCCGUCUCGUUUUCUUUCUUGUUUUCCUGUUGAAGUUUUUGCGCUGUGAACUACACAUCCCGGAGUGCCUCUGUUGACCCCUGCAGCUCAUUUUGGCGCUGAUCUGAGAGGAGCGCGAGGGCCUAAAAAACGAGCAGAGCGAAACCAAAAGACGAGGAAGCUGGAGGCGAACAUUCACGAGACAGGAAGGGACGGAGAUAGGAAGGGUGCAGACUAAUUGCUGGGGUUCUCAUAUUGACGGAGAGCCAGGCUGUCGGAUUGGGUAGUGACCCGAUAGCGUAACACUCCCCCCUUCUUCGUCGUCGUCCUCCCCCUCUGUUGAGAAUUGCGUUAAAUCGAAAAGGAAAGGCCUAGGCUUUGUCAACAUUACAGGAUAUACACCAUUUAUUUUUUUUAUUUUUAUUCCCAUCCCUUGUCUAUAGAUUAAACGAGGAUCCGUCGCUGGCUGGUGUAUGUGCUUAGAAUGGGACACGCUGAAGGUCCAGUCAAAGAAAAAGACAGUUAAGGAUGCAGGAGCCCAACAAUGGAUUUCUCCUUCUCUUUCAUGCAAGGGAUCAUGGGAAAUACAAUUCAGCAACCCCCUCAGCUCAUUGACUCAGCCAACAUCAGACAGGACGGCACCUGUGACACCGGCAGUGACCCGGGUGAGGAUUCUGGUCCCUCCUACGAUGCUUCCUUGGAUGCAGAGUUCCCGUAUCCUCCGUCGGCCUCGGAGGUCAUGCCGCAGCUUCCCAAUGGCUACCCGCCGAGUCUGGGCUUGUACGAACCACAAACCAAGUUCAUGUACUCUCAGUUCCCCAACGGUUCUGCUAAUGGCUACGGAGCCCUUCGGAGCUACGGGGAACACGGCCUUCUGCCAGGGGAGGGGACGGUCCUGAGGGGCCCCGGCCUCCAGGAGAGACCCCUUUCUCCUGUGUCUCCUCCGCUCCCCACACAUCACCCACACCUCCAUCCUCACCACCUCCAUCCCCAUCAUCACUCCUUCCAGUCCAACCCGCCCCAUAUACAGACCCACUCUCACCCCCACAGUCCUCCACCGCUGCCUUUACCCUCGCAGCAUCACCUGCUACAGACGCCUCACAUCAUGACCCACAACCUCCCGCCUCCUCCCCCUUUACACCUUCCCUCUUCGAGCCCCCCUCCCUCCCUCGUGGACAGCACCCCUUCUUCCCAGCCGGCACAUAUCCCAUCUAACACCCCCGGUGGGGUGUUGAAGAAAACCAGCUCUCCUGAGAUUAAACUGAAAAUCAUCAAAACAUAUCAGAAUGGAAAAGAGCUGUUUGAAUCUGCGCUGUGUGGAGAUCUGCAGGAGCUGCAGAAGGAGUCUCAGAAGAACGAGGCGGUUCUGAAGCAGCGACGACACGAGAGGAAGAAGGAGAAGAGGAAAAGGAGUGCGAGACUGCAAGCCCAGGAACUGAAGCAGGAUCCGAGCCCAGCGCCGCCAGGUACGACCGAGCAACCCGAGGAGGAACAAGUCCAGCUCCAGCAGAAAGAAACUCCUCUGAUCCAGACAGAGAAGCCUCAGAAGACCGUCAUCGAAACAGAACCAAAGACGCCAAAGGUUUCAAAGGUCCAUCAUCCAUCAGUGAUCCAAGAGACAGGCAUUUGUAAGGAGUUUGUCAUUGGAGACCUGGUGUGGUCUAAGGUCGGCACAUACCCCUGGUGGCCCUGCAUGGUCUCCUCAGAUCCACAGAUGAAGGUCCACACUCGCAUCAACACCAGAGGUCACCGGGAGUAUCACGUUCAGUUCUUCGGCAGCGUCGCCGAGAGAGCGUGGAUCCACGAGAAAAGGAUCGUGGUGUACCAGGGCAAACAGCAGUUCGACGAGCUUCAGGCGGAGACUCUGCGCAAAGCAACAAACCCAGUCGAGAGGCAAAAACUUUUGAAGCCCAUUCCUCAAAGGGAGCGAUCCCAAUGGGAGGUGGGUGUGGGCCACGCUGAGGACGCGUUCCUCAUGACACGUCAGGAGCGGAUCGACAACUACACCUUCAUCUACGUUGACCCAGACCCAAAUGAAGCCCAGCAGAGCAAGAAGCCCAGCAUCAGACCGGAGAAACGGAAUCGGCGCUCUAGCGGCUCGGUUACUAAAAAGGAGGACAGAUGUGUGAAGUCGCCGGACAGAGAGCAGCAGCAGCCGCAGCAGCAGCCGCAGCCGCCGAGGAGGCAGCAGCCGCGGAGACGCUGCAGUGUCACCAAUACAGAGGACAGCUCCCAGGCCUCCACUGAAGAGAGGAGCCAGAAGGCAGACCAACGCAAGGCGAGCUCACCGAGACUCAACGCUGGUUGCGAAACACAAUUACAGCAGGACUCGUCUCCUCCAGUCAGAGCUUGGAAAACGGCAGCUGCCAGAAAGCUGCUGCCUCUCUCCAUCACCAUGAAGAGGCUGAACGUGGAAAUCACAAAGUGCGACUGGCCUCUCCUGCAGAAGAAAACCUCUCUGUCGCCCAAGAGGGCCAACGCAGAAGAAAAGGAGGAGAGAGGGGAGAGGGAGGCCAGGCAGCCCGACUUGGGUUACUGUUCACCUGAGCAGGACAGCAGAGCUAAACCCGAGCCCAGUCCGGAGGAAGAGGAGGACGCAGAUGAAGGGGAGGAAGAAGGGGAUGAAAGGAGAGGCUCUCCUGCCAGCCAGAGAAGUGAGGAGGGAGGAAACCAGCAACCCUCAUCUCCUGGAUCUCAGGACAGCAGUCCACAAGGUUCUCAGGAGAGGAAGCUGCAGCGCCGGUCAAUCAGAAGCAAAUCAGAGUCGGAGAGAGGCACCGAUCCAGUUCCCAAGAAGAAAACCAAAAAGGAACAGGCUGAGAUGGCUCCAGAGACGACGUUAAAGACGGGCUCCCAGAAAGGAGCCAGUGAGAUCUCAGACGCCUGCAAGCCUCUGAAGAAGAGGAGCAGAGCCUCAACUGAUGUUGAGAUGGCUUCGUCUCAGUACAGAGACACCUCGGAUUCCGACUCCAGAGGCCUCAGUGACCCCCAGGGCUUAUUUGGAAAGAGUCUCGACAGUCCAGCGGCGGCGGACGCAGAUGCUUCAGAUACUCAGUCCGUGGACUCGGGUUUGUCCCGUCAGGACAGCAGCAAUGAGAAAAGAGACACCGUUUGCCAGAUCUGCGAGGCGUAUGGAGAAGGUCUGAUGGUGUGUGAGGGCGACUGCAGCAGACAGUUUCACCCGGAAUGUCUCGGCUUGUCUGCGCCCCCUGACGGCAGAUUCACCUGCUUGGAAUGUAAAAAUAGCAACCAUCCGUGUUUCAGCUGUAAAACGACAGGUCAGGAGGUGAGCCGCUGCUCCGCUCCGGGAUGCAGCUGUUACUACCAUGAGGAUUGUGUGUGGAAACAUCCGGGCACCACCAGCAGUCCUGGAGGAGGCUUCUGCUGCCCUCAGCACAGCUGCUCAACCUGCUGCCUGGAGAGAGACCUGCAGAGAGCCAGUAAAGGUCGUCUGAUUCACUGCAUCCGCUGUCCGACGGCUUAUCACACCAGCGACGUCUGUAUGGCGGCGGGCAGCGUCAUCCUCACCCAUCACAUCAUGAUCUGCAGCAACCACGGCAGCACCAAGAAGAACGGCCUCCUCUCCUCCCCCGUCAAUGUAGGAUGGUGCUUUUUGUGCGCGAGAGGGCUGUUAGUGCAAGACCUUACUGACACCAUAUUAAGUUCAUAUGCCUAUAAGUCCCACUACCUUCUGACUGAGUCAAAUCGUGCUGAGUUGAAAUUACCUAUGAUUCCCUCUCCUUCGUCAGCUACCAAAAAGAAUGUUGGGAAAGGAGGCAAGUUGCUGUGCUGCGACUCAUGCCCAGCUUCCUUCCACCCGGAGUGUCUGGAGAUGGACAUGCCAGAGGGUGCAUGGUCCUGCAGCGAUUGCAGGGCAGGGAAGAAGCCACACUACAAACAGAUUGUCUGGGUGAAGCUGGGAAACUACAGGUGGUGGCCUGCAGAGAUCUGCAACCCUCGCUUGGUGCCGUCAAACAUUCAGAGUCUUCGUCACGAUAUCGGCGACUUCCCCGUCUUCUUCUUUGGCUCCCACGAUUACUACUGGAUCAACCAGGGCAGGGUCUUCCCUUACGUGGAGAACGACAAGAACUUUGUCACGGGCCAGAUCAACAUCAACAAAACGUUCAAGAACGCUCUUGAAGAAGCAGCACGGCGAUUUCAGGAGCUCAAGGCACAGAGGGAGAGCAGGGAGGCCCUAGAACAGGAGCGCAAUUCUCGCAAACCUCCACCAUACAAAGUUAUCAAGUCCAACAAACCUGUGGGGAAAGUUCAGAUGCACGUAGCUGACCUGUCGGAAAUCCCACGGUGUAACUGCAAACCCGUAGAUGAGCAUCCGUGCAGCAUCGACUCCCAGUGUCUGAACCGCAUGCUGCAGUACGAGUGUCAUCCACAGGUGUGUCCUGCAGGAGACAACUGUGAGAACCAAAACUUCACCAAGCGCUUGUACGCAGAAACCGAGGUGGUGAAGACGGAGGGCCGGGGCUGGGGGCUCCAGACAAACCAGGCGCUCAGGAAGGGGGAUUUUGUGGCCGAGUAUGUCGGAGAGGUGAUCGACUCGGAGGAGUGCCAGCAGCGAAUCAAACGAGCGCAUGAAAACCAUGUGACCAACUUCUACAUGCUCACCCUCACCAAGGAUCGGGUAAUAGAUGCUGGUCCAAAAGGAAACUCGGCCCGUUUCAUCAACCACAGCUGCAACCCAAACUGUGAAACUCAGAAGUGGACCGUAAACGGCGACGUCCGCAUCGGAAUCUUUGCCCUCUGUGACAUAGAGGCUGGCACAGAGUUGACGUUCAACUACAACUUGCACUGUGUGGGGAACCGGAGAACGUCCUGUCACUGUGGGUCAGAGAACUGCUCCGGCUUCCUCGGGGUCCAGCCGACGAGCGCUCUGGUGAUGGAAAAGGAAGAGAAGGCCAGGAACGCCAAGCUGAAGCCGAAGAAACGGAAGCUGCGGCUGGAGGGCAAACACACGCACGAGUACUUCUGUUUCUGCUGUGGAGACGGAGGAGAGCUGGUGAUGUGCGACAGGAAGGACUGUCCCAAAGCAUAUCACCUCCUGUGUCUCAACCUCACCAAGCCUCCAUACGGACGCUGGGAAUGCCCGUGGCACGACUGCAGCGUUUGCGGCUCCCCGGCCUCGUCUCACUGUGACUUCUGUCCCCGCUCUUUCUGCACGGAUCACGAGGCGGGGGCACUCACCCCCUCCUCUCUGGACGAGCGCCCCUGCUGCUCCAGCCACAACCCGCUCAGUCCGCUCGGCUCCUCCGGUUCCAGCCAGCGGCACAGCUCCACUCUGAGCCCGGUCAGGGUCAAAGAGGAGCCGGAGGGGGAGCAGGCGGCCGCAGAGUGAUGUCUCAACUCCCACAAUACCUCAUUCCCAACAAAGUAUGCCCUGAUCUCCAGCUGCGCACUCCACAAGGGAAUUCCAGUGCUUUUUUCUGACUAAUGCCGUGGCCGCCGCUCAGAGCCGCCGUGCUGUUUUGCGGCUGGAGCUGAGCGAUGGGAGUGAUGAGAGGGGCAGAGACCACAGAGAAGCGUGCGCUGUUUCCUCUCCUCCUUUGCCAUAAAACACUCUGCAGCUCAACUGUGCCCAUCGGGGGGGGGCAGAACAUCACCUCAUUGUGUUUUCUUACUAUUGUUAUUAUUUCGCAGCUGUGGAAUUCUUAAGUGUUGUCUCGUCGUGACCCUCCUCAGUGAACGAGGAGGAGGAGGAGGAGGGCCGCUCCUCUUCUCGUUGAAAGCGCUGCGGUCGGCUCCUCCAAGUCGGGACGGCUUUAACAUCGAGACGAGCCGGCGUUUCUUCACCCGUCAUCCAGCGAAGGAGCAGCUGGGUGAAUACAGCCCGUUUUUGUGCAAUUUGUUUUCUUUUUCAGGACCACACUACAUUCCAACCAUGGUUUUAUUAUACUUAUGGAUAUAGAUGAAUAUAAUUAUAUACAGUAUCUAUGUUUGUUAAUGUUUACAGACAGAUUCUCUCACUUCAUCUCGGUGAGUGGUGUAUUAUGUUUGUUUAGGUGUUGAACAUUAAGCAAACCUUGUGAAAAUAGUCUUAUUAAGGUGAAAUAUAAUGGUAUAUAGUGUCAUGGUAUGACAUUACAGAAGUACUUGUGAUUUCAUAUUACCAGUCUCACUUGCCAUUGUGUACAUAAUUGGCUCACAAUAUUGUAAAGUACUUAAAGGUCAUGGGGGCAAAGCCUUGUGUCUCUUGUUGCUCCCAGAAGAAUGAAAAAGCUUUUCUAAACCAACAGGUAUCUGUCAUUUUCUUUUCUUUUUUAGAGUUUCCGCUGUCACGCGUCCUCCAGGUAGUCCUUUGUAAAGUUCGACUGAGGGGGCCCAGCUUUUGUGAUCCCCGGUGCUGUCUUAAAACUGUUGUCCUACAAGCCUUAAGUUCAGUUUUUCAGCUCAUCCGGCCCAGAUACAGUGCAGUUACUUUUUUUUUUUUUGCCAAACUUCUCUGAUAAGCACUUUCACACUGCUACACCUCAUAGCUCGGGUAGAAAUCAUAAAAAACAAGUGUUUCAAAAAGUAAAAAAAAAUUCUUCUUAUGUAAUAACAUAGGAAAUCAUGCUGUUAGUUUUUUAUUUUUUAUUCAGAAAUGUUUGGAGUGCUGGGCCUUUUUCUGUUAGCUUUGUUUUGAUGGGCAUUUUUUUAUUUAUUGUUUUGGACCCCCUUUCCUUUAAAAAAAAAAAAAAAAAGCCCUGGUGUCCUGCAGGGGUACUUUUCUGUUCUCACCUGGAGGAUGAAAUCCUCAUUGCUGGGCUUCAGAGAAACAUUAAUGGUGUAACGGUAGUCCAGUAUAAAGUUCAAGCACCAACUCCUGUACAGUGUUUUUAAUCACUCAUCUAUUCAAUCAACAUUUUUUGUAUUUAGUGAACCACAUUUGAUACAAAUUUAAUUUUUUCAAACACCAGUGAAGUGAUUAGUCUCUUUUCUCACUGUGUAAAAUGAAAAAGGCAAAAAUGGAGAGAAAAAUAACUUUUUUCUUUUUUUCUUUUCUUUUUUACUUGUCAUAUCCAAUCAUUUGCACACAUUUAAGUGUAAUGAUUCCACAUCUGGAAACAGCAGCUGCUCUUUUGUUUCAGAGCAGAUUUGACCAGAACACGAGUGAUGAUCACCAGAGGAAGCUUUGUUUUUUUGUUUUCAUCCAAAACCUUUUUUUUGUUGUUGUUUCCUUCUUGUUUCAUAUAAAGUUGUGUCAAAAGUUGAUCCGCAGGGGGAAACGAUGCCAGUGUUGCCAAAUCCUUGUCUGUUCGUUAAAGGUGUGGUUGAAUCCCGAGAACAUUUCCUCUUUUAAGAUAAAUAUCUGUACUUUGGAAUCUGAAGGUGCAAUUAGUUCUGUUUCGUGUAACAUUUUUUUGAAUACCUGAUGUAUUAUCUGUCAUAGGCACACAAAUUCUGAAGCAUCCCAAAUAGGAAUAAAACCUCAAAUCAUUUAAGAUUAACAGGGGGUUUACUUAAAACUUGAUGCGUUUCCUGCCUUAAUUUGUAAAAAUGUGAUUCUUUAAGAAAUUAGUUAUGAGGUUGACAGCUUAAUAAAAAAAAAUAAAAAAACACAGGGAGACUCCCUAAUCCUUUAUCUGUUCUUUUUCAAGAACUUAAUUUGUUUUAGUUUUCAAAUCCUGUUUAAACAAUAGAAAAUGUUCCUGUGAAAUUUAAAUUUUCUCAAUAGUUGUUGCAUAUUCUACCUAACGGUGAAUUUUGGUUUCUGUUUAAAUUGAAACGGUUUUAAAAGCCUUUUUGUGUGAGGCUUUGAAUAAAACUACAAAAACGACAAUUAUAAAUUUGUGUCCGAUUGUUAAACACUGAGUAGGAAGGAUAAAUGCAGCAGAAAUGUUCAUUUUGAUUUGUCUGCUUACAAAAUUUCCUCUUUUUUUCUUUAAUCUUUGAUACUUGUGGAUGCUUUUACAUGCACACCAUCACUGCUUCCACUUUUUUUUUUUUUUUUUUUACAAUUUCAACCUUUAUUUUCCAAGCCUGUGCAACACAACUUGAAUUUGUGACUUUAUUUUUGAUAUAGAAUUAGUUGGACUGUGUUUCAUUUUAUGCACCCUUGACUGUGCUUCAGAAAAAAAAGUUUGCUGCUGAUUUGUUGAGUUAUUCCUGUUCGCAAGCCUUUUUUAAGUGAAUGUUUUUUAGCUUAAGUGCAUGCUUCCAUCAUGAAAAGAUGUAUUUUUGUUUCUUUUUCCCCCUUUCAUAUUGCACAGAGAUUCUGCAAAACCAAACAGUCCUUAUUUGUCUGGGCACCUGCAGAGAGCACAAUCACCAUCCUUUCUUUGUGCCAGUUUGCCGAGCUCACACAGCAGCAGUAUUACAAAUUAAGAUGUCCAUGCUUUCACCUUCAUGAUGUGAUGGUGGUUCUUUUUUUUUUUAUUUAAAGACAGCAUGUUUAUUCUCAUUUGUGUCUCUUGAAUUUGGCUGAGGAGGAUUUUUCACUUCAAUUUAGGCGAGGCCACCCAGUUUGUGUCGUCAAAGGGCAUAUUUCAGUUCACUGUGACGUUUGGUUUUCUUGUGCAGUGUCGAUGACUGUCGAUAAGUUUUUACUUGACAUGCUGUCAAAUAUUGUUGAAUACAAAAAUAAAUUCACAUGCAUAAGCACUCAUCUCUUCACUUGUAGUAAAUUGCUUUCAGUAACCAACUGGACUCAUGAAUAUCUCUCUCUCCGUGUUGCUUCGAUGAAACCGUGGAUGAACACAAAAGACCAUGUUACUUACUGUUCAACCUGUGUUACUGUAUACUACAUAUUGUUGAGGAACUUGUAAAUAGUUUGCAUUGAAAUUGCAUAGACUCAUGUUACCGUUGCGUGCUCUUUUUGCCUGUACAAUUCUGCUUCUAAAUGUGUUUGACUGUUGAGACGACACUCCUUUUGUACAUGACUGUCUUUUUAUUUGAGAAUAUUGAUUCUGUCCUUUUUCAUUCUAAAGUUGGGUUUGAAGAGUUCAGACAUGCCUGAAGUUUGACUUUAAUAAAGCUGUACUCUGUCUCAGUGAAGUGCUACUCCCUGAUGAUUCAGUUUGGUCCAAAUUAAACAUGAAUCUGCUCAGA